AUGGCCAACCUUUACUUUGCGCACUCGAGUGCGCCCCUCAAGACCAUUGAGGAGAUUCAGUUUGGCAUGAUGUCUCCCGAAGAGAUCAAGAAUAUGAGUGUCGCGCACAUCAUCUAUCCGGAGGCUAUGGACGAAACCAAGACCAAGCCACGUGAUGGCGGUGUCAACGACCCCCUGCUCGGUUCCGUCGACCGCGGUUUCAAGUGCAAGACGUGUACCGAGAACAUGUCCGAGUGUCCCGGCCACUUUGGCCACAUCGAGCUGGCCAAGCCCGUCUACCACCCGGGCUUCAUCAAGAAGACCAAGAAGGUCCUCGAGAUCGUCUGCCACAACUGCAGCAUGGUUCUCGCCGAUCGGACGGAUCCUGAGUUUUUGGCUGCUGUGAACACACGCGACCCCAAGGCUCGGUUCCAGCGCGUUUGGGAGUGCUGCAAGAAGAAGAAGCGUUGCGAGAACGAGGCCAAGUCGGAGAACGACGACGAAUUUGACCCCAACCCAGGCAGCAAGCUGGGCAAGCAGGCGCCGCACAACCAUGGCGGCUGCGGCAACACCCAGCCCGCUGUGCGCCAGACCGGCCUGCAGCUGUGGUCGCACUAUGAGGUGGAACGCGACGAGGGCGGCAAGGUCAAGGAGAAGAAGAUGCUGACGGCCGAGAUGGCCCUCAAUAUCAUGCGCCGCAUCAGCACGUCCGACAUCCGUGACAUGGGUCUCAAUGUCGACUACGCCCGUCCCGAGUGGAUGGUGGUCACGGUCCUGCCCGUCCCACCCCCGCCUGUGCGUCCGAGUAUCUCCAUGGACGGCACCGGUACCGGCAUGCGAAACGAAGAUGACUUGACUUUCAAGCUGGGUGACAUUAUUCGUGCCAACGCCAACGUCAAGCAGGCCAUCAACGAGGGUUCGCCCGCGCACAUUUCGUCCGAUUUCGAACAGCUGCUGCAGUACCACGUCGCCACCUACAUGGACAAUGACAUUGCUGCCAUUCCGCGCGCCCUGCAAAAGAGUGGCCGUCCCGUCAAGGCCAUCCGCGCCCGUCUCAAGGGCAAGGAGGGUCGUCUUCGUGGCAACUUGAUGGGUAAGCGUGUCGAUUUCUCGGCACGUACGGUCAUCACGGGUGACGCCAACAUCUCGCUCGACGAGGUCGGUGUGCCGCGCAGCAUUGCGCGCACGCUCACGUACCCGGAGACUGUUACACCUUACAACAUCAGCCGCCUGCACCAGCUGGUGCAGAAUGGUCCCAACGAGCACCCCGGUGCCAAGUACGUGAUCCGCUCCGACGGUACGCGCAUUGAUCUGCGCCACCACCGUCGUGCGGGCCAGAUCUCGCUCGAGUACGGCUGGAAGGUGGAGCGGCAUCUGAUUGACGGCGACUACAUCAUCUUCAACCGUCAGCCUUCGCUGCACAAGGAGUCCAUGAUGGGUCAUCGUGUCCGUGUUAUGCCGUACUCCACCUUCCGUCUGAACCUGUCGGUGACGUCUCCGUACAACGCCGAUUUCGACGGUGAUGAGAUGAACUUGCACGUGCCGCAGACGGAGGAGACCCGUGCCGAAGUCAAGGAGCUGUGCAUGGUGCCGCUCAACAUUGUCUCGCCCCAGCGCAACGGCCCGCUGAUGGGCAUUGUGCAAGAUACGCUGGCAGGCGCCUACAAGCUCUGUCGCCGUGACGUGUUCCUCACCAAGGAGCAGGUCAUGGACAUCAUGCUCUGGGUGCCCGAGUGGGAUGGUGUGAUCCCCAGCCCGGCCAUUAUCAAGCCGCGCCCGCGGUGGACCGGCAAGCAGAUUAUCAGUCUUGUCAUCCCCAAGACGGUCAGCCUCAAGGCCGGCAACGACGACAUGGCUCUCAAGGACGAUGGUAUUCUGAUCCAGACCGGUGAGCUUAUGUACGGUCUGAUGACGAAGAAGAUUGUCGGCGCCUCUGGUGGCGGUAUUAUCCAUAUUUGCUACAACGAGUUGGGCCCCGACGCUGCCAUGGCGUUCCUGAAUGGCUGCCAGCGCGUCGUCAACUACUGGCUGCUGCACAACGGCCACAGCAUUGGUAUCGGCGACACCAUUCCCGACAAGAAGACCAUUGAGAUGGUCCAGGCGCAAAUCGAUGAGCAGAAGGAGGAGGUGCGUCAGCUCACGGCCCAGGCGACCGCCAACGAGCUGGAGGCUCUGCCCGGUAUGAACAUCCGUGAGACGUUUGAGAACAAGGUCUCCAAGGCCCUCAACACGGCCCGUGACAAGGCCGGUACGACGACGCAGGAGAGUUUGAAGGACUUGAACAACGCCGUCACCAUGGCCCGUUCCGGCUCCAAGGGUUCGUCCAUCAACAUUUCGCAGAUGACGGCUCUGGUCGGCCAGCAGAUUGUCGAGGGCCGCCGCAUUCCCUUCGGCUUCAAGUACCGCACACUGCCCCAUUUCACCAAGGACGACUACUCGCCCGAGGCCCGUGGCUUCGUCGAGAACUCGUACCUACGUGGUCUGACGCCGUCCGAGUUCUUCUUCCACGCCAUGGCGGGUCGUGAGGGUCUCAUUGACACGGCGGUCAAGACUGCCGAAACGGGUUACAUCCAGCGUCGUCUGGUCAAGGCCCUGGAAGACGUCAGCGCCAAGUACGACGGUACUGUGCGCAACUCCCUGGGUGACAUCAUCCAGUUCGUCUACGGUGAGGACGGCCUCGACGGUGCGAAGAUCGAGGAGCAGCGCGUGGACUUCUUGAACAUGUCGCUUCCUGCCUACGAGAAGCGUUUCCGCCUGGAUGUCAUGAGCCCAACGCGCUCGUCGGCGCUCGAUGCGCUUGAGUAUGCCAACGAGAUUGCGGGCGAUCCCGAGGCGCAAGAGCUGCUCGACGCCGAGUACGAGGCGCUGAUCGCGGACCGCGAGCUUAUCCGGUCUGUCAGCAGGAAGCGUCUGACGAACAUCCUGGGCAAGAAGGACGAGGAGAUGAUGCAGCUGCCUCUCAACAUUGUGCGCAUCAUCAACUCGGCGCAGAAGCUGUUUAAGCUGGACGACGCCCAGCGCAGUGAUCUGCGUCCCCAGGACGUCAUCCCGGCCGUCAAGAAGGCGCUGGACAACAUGGUGGUGGUCCGCGGCAGCGACCCCAUCUCGCUCGAGGCCGACAAGAACUCGACCAUCCUGAUCAAGGCGCAGCUGCGCUCGCGUUUGUCCUAUAAGCGUCUUGCUGUCGACAUGCGCCUCACGCGUCUGGCCUUUGACCACAUCAUGGGCGAGCUCAGCAGCCGCUGGGCGCGCGCCAUGGUGAACCCCGGUGAGAUGGUCGGUGUGCUGGCUGCACAGUCGAUUGGUGAGCCCGCAACCCAGAUGACGCUCAACACCUUCCAUUUUGCCGGUGUGUCGUCCAAGAACGUCACUCUCGGUGUGCCGCGUCUCAAGGAAAUUCUCAACGUGGCCAGCAACAUCAAGACCCCGUCCAUGCUUGUCUACCUGGACGACGAGGACGGCCGCCACCCGACGCAGGACCGCGCCAAGGAGCUCCGCAGCAUUGUGGAGCACACCAACCUGCGGUCGGUGACGGCCGUGACGGAGAUCUACUACGACCCCGACGUGCGGUGGACGAACAUUGUGGAAGACGAGAACAUGCUGGAAUCGUACUUUCUCAUUCCCGAGGAUGUUGCGACCAACCUGGACCAGCAGUCGCGGUGGAUGCUGCGUAUUACGCUUGAUCGUCAGAAGAUGCUCGACAAGGGCCUGUCCAUCGAGGACGUGGCCAACCGCAUCAAGGAGGAGUACCCAAGCGACCUGGGCGUCGUGUUCAGCGAUAACAACGCCGACGACCAGGUGAUCCGCAUCCGGACGGUGCGCCAGUCGGACGAGAAGGACGAGGAGGGCCAGCUGGAGGACGACGUCAUGCUCAAGCGCCUGGAGACGCACCUGCUCGACACCCUGACCUUGCGUGGUGUACCCGGCAUCGAACGUGCGUUCCUGAACAAGGACACGAUGCUGAUCACCACCGAGGACGGUGCUCUGCUGGCCGCCAAGGACGACCCGCGCUGUACGGCGUGGUACCUGGACACGGAGGGCUCGGCCCUGCGUGCUGUGCUGGCCGUGGACGGCGUCGACCCCAAGCGCACGUAUACCAACGACCUGCACCAGGUUGUGGACGUCUUUGGCAUCGAGGCGGCGCGGUCGACGCUGCUGCGCGAGCUGACGGCCGUGCUGUCCUUUGACGGUUCGUACGUCAACCACCGCCAUCUGGCGCUGCUCGUCGACGUCAUGACCUACCGCGGUAGCAUCGCGGCGGUCACGCGCCACGGCAUCAACCGCGCCGACACGGGUGCGCUCAUGCGCUGUUCGUUUGAAGAGACGGUCGAGAUCCUGCUCGAGGCUGCGGCCGUCGGCGAGCUCGACGACUGUCGCGGCAUCUCGGAGAACGUCAUGCUGGGCCAGCUGGCGCCGAUGGGCACGGGCCACUUUGAGGUGCUCCUGGACCCCAAGAUGCUCGAGACCGUCAUCUCGGACAACUCGCGCAUGGGUCUGAUGCCCGGCCUGACGAUCAAGGGCAGCCAGCUCGAGGGGGCGGCCACGCCGUACGACACGGGCUCGCCGCUGGCCGACUCGGGCUAUCUGAGCAUCAGCUCUCCCGCGAUGGGCAACUUCUCGCCCAUUAUGGGUGCCGGCUCGGAGACGCCCGCUGGUGGUCUGGGCACCGAGUACGGCGGCGGCGGCUUUGGCGGCAUUGGCGGCUACUCGGGCGCCAGCCCGCGACCGACGAGUCCCUUCAGCACGUCGCCCACGUCGCCCUUCAGCAGCGGCUACGGCAGCUACUCGCCGUCGUCGCCGGCGCAGGGCUACUCGCCCACGUCGCCGAUGAUGGACAUGGGCGGCCGGUUCGCGUCGUCGCCGCAGUUCAGCCCGUCGUCGCCGUCGUUCUCGCCCACGUCGCCCAUGAUGCGGCCGACAAGCCCCAACUACAGCCCGACGUCGCCCAGCUACUCGCCUGCGUCGCCCUCGGCUGCGCGCCACUACUCCCCGACGUCGCCUGCGCAGUUCAACUCGCCGACGUCGCCGUCGUACUCGCCGGCCAGCCCCAACUACAGCCCGGCGUCGCCCAACAUCCAUGCCACGAGCCCGUCGUACUCGCCGGCCUCGCCGACGUGGUCGCCGACGUCGCCGGAGGCGUACUCUCCUACGAGCCCGACGUUCCAGCGGUCGCCCAACCAGCAGACGUCCCCGACGAGCCCCAGCUACUCGCCGACGUCGCCCACGUUCUCUCCGAGAACACCUGGCCGUGCGCCGCCGGGACAGAACUCGUACUCCCCCACGUCCCCUUCAAACAACAAUUAA